UUGAUAUUAUCUUCUUCAACUCCACUUUCUGAGUACACUGAGAAUGGCGUUGGCUGCUUCCCUUACACAUGGCUCAUCUUCUUUCUUAUAUGGAGAAUCUCCAAAGUCAACUCUUUUCAUGGGAGCUCCUCUCACCUUCUCGCUUUCUACUAUCUCUGGUAAACAAUCAUUUCUACCAAAGAAACUUGUCGUUCAUUGCAGGAAGUUUUCGUAUUUUGAGGAGGCGAUGAGAAUAAGCAGAGAACGUGAGCUUCAAAGUGAACCAAAGUUUAGAAGAAGGCUGCCUUUGAGGCGUGGAAGGGUAUCACCUCGUUUACCUGUGCCUGAUCACAUACCAAAGCCUCCUUAUCUAAGUUCAAAUAUACUGCCAGAACUUUCACCUGAGCCCCAGAUUCAUGAUUCUGAAGGCAUCACUAAGAUGAGGGCUGCAUGUGAGCUUGCUGCUAAAGUCUUAAACUAUGCAGGAACUUUGGUUAGGCCAUCAGUGACAACAAAUGAAAUUGACAAAGCUGUGCACCAAAUGAUCAUAGAGGCUGGUGCUUAUCCUUCACCUCUUGGUUAUGGAGGAUUCCCCAAGAGUGUUUGUACAUCUGUAAAUGAGUGCAUGUGUCAUGGAAUACCUGAUUCUCGCCAACUACAGGAUGGUGACAUUAUAAACAUUGACGUGACAGUCUACUUAAAUGGGUAUCAUGGAGACACAUCCAAGACCUUUUUUUGUGGCAAUGUCAGUAACGAGCUUAAACGCCUUGUGAAGGUAACCGAAGAGUGCAUGGAGAAAGCCAUAUCAGUUUGUCAACAUGGUGCUAAUUUCAAGAAAAUCGGAAAGAGAAUCUGUGAUCAUGCUGAGAAGUAUGGUUAUGGUGUAGUGGAGCGUUUUGUUGGCCAUGGCGUGGGGACUGUAUUUCACUCUGAACCGAUCAUAUUACAUAAUCGCAAUGAGAAACGUGGUUUCAUGGUUGAAGGUCAAACAUUUACCAUUGAACCAAUUCUUACAAUGGGAAGCACCGAGUGUGUAACCUGGCCUGACAAUUGGACAACUUUGACAGCCGAUGGCAGCCCUGCUGCACAGUUCGAGCAUACCAUCCUAAUUACUAGAACUGGCGCGGAAAUUUUAACACGGUGUUGAUUUAUUUUGGGUACACAAUUUUCUGGCCUCAUUAUUCAAUAGUGUACAUACUUAGAGAAGAAUGGAGAGCAGGUUCCCUUCAUUCAGUUCAUUAAGUUUAGAGAUGGUUAUGAUAAUGCCCUUUUUUUUUACUGUUUUGUCUUGAGAAAGGCUUAGAUUGUUUUUGCUGUAGUGUUUCGGUCAGGUGAGGACCGUGGGGUUGCCUUCCCUUUUGGAUCUUAGUUAAAUUUAUAGGUUUUAAAAUCAGUAUUCAAAAAUCUAAAUUCUAAAAAGGCUACUAACCUACAUGUAUUUGGAUCAUCUCGGAUCAUAACUCAUAGUUUCUAACUUUUAUAAGGUUACAUUAUUCCAGGAUUCA